CAUGUGGUCGCAGACCAAAGGCAAAGCUCGCUUACCUCCUGCCUUGCCUGCCCCGAUGAGCGCUCAGCUUUGGUCUUAACUGACAUGAGCAAUCCGAGUGAGUGCUCUGUAAGAGGCAUCAGGACGAUACAAAUUCCAUUUACUAAUCAAUCCUUUGCGGCAAAAUUAAUUUUUCCUCCGCCGCUUUUUGAUCGGAUUCAGGUUUUAUGGAGACGGGCGGCACUAAGGGGCCGUGGUAAUCCGAAGAGUUCAGCUCCGCACGGGGAUCGUGGGGGGAGGGGGCCCUGGGCCCACGGUGCCCCGGAGCUAAUCCUGCUGCCCCCUCCUGCACCAACCUGCGUCCUCCUGUUCCUGGCGACGUCUCUUCCACUCACCUCGCCCUCCUACCCCACUCACCUCGCCCUCCUACCCCACUCACCUCGCCCUCCUACCCCACUCACCUCGCCCUCCUACCCCACUCACCUCGCCCUCCUACCCCACUCACCUCGCCCUCCUACCCCACUCACCUCGCCCUCCUACCCCACUCUUCUCUGUGCCAGCUUCUCCACCUGCUCCAUCCUCUUUCUGUUCCAUCUUUUUCCUCCCUCCUGCUGCCUCUUCCUCCUGCCCCCCCCCCCCUCUUCCUCUAACGCAGUUCUCCCUUCUCGUUUACCUCUCUGACCGACUUCCCUCUCUCGUCUCCCUCCUCCCUCUUCUGUUCCCUCCUGCUCUCUCAUCCAGAUCCUUCUUCCCAUUCCCUCCUCAUAAUCCAUUAUCCGCCCUGGCACCUCCCCCCUGUGCCCCCCAUUUGUCACCGCUGGGAAACAGAUGUAAUCACCCGCCCCCCCCCCCGACUCACAUCUAUGCCGCCACGGUGAGCUCACCACUCACGGCUCACUCCGACCGCAGCGCAGAGCAACGUGGCGUGGACAGCAACACGCCCGGCACCUGUCAGCUCACCUGUCAGCUCACCUGGCGAGAGCACGACUGGUGAGACACACCGGGUGAGAGAUACGCCGGGAUAGACAAUUGUGAGGACCAUGCAGGAGCAGAGCAGCAGCACGGCGGUGGCGGUGCCCGGCGCGGUGACGCCAGGCCCCACCAUCUUCCCCCCCGCCGGCUACAGCUUCCUGGCGGCAAUCAUGUUCCUCGACGCCAGCCUCUCCAUUGUCAACAAUACGCUGGUGAUCGUGAUCACCUGCCGUUACCCGUCCCUGCGAAGCCCGCUGAACGCGCUCAUCCUCAGCAUGUGCGUGUCGGAUCUGCUCAUGUCUCUGUGCGGCACCACCAUUGCCAUGGUCUCCAACUUCCAUGGCUCUCUGCGCCACAUCGGCCACGCCGGCUGCGUCUUCCAGGGAUUCUCGGUCAACUACUUCGGCUGCGUGUCCCUCUGGUCCCUCACUCUGCUGGCCUACGAGCGGCGCCUGGUGGUGACCCACGGCUGCUCGAUGAGGGGCGGGUGGCCCCGUGCCCGCCGAGGCCUGGCCUUCGUGUGGACCUUCUGCCUCGUGUGGGCCGUGGCGCCGCUGCUCGGAUGGAGCGCCUACGGGCCAGAGGGCGUUCAGACGUCCUGCUCCAUUGCCUGGGAGCGGCGCUCACUCAGCAACUACACGUACCUGGUUUCGUACUUCCUGGCAUGCUUCGUGAUCCCGGUCUCCAUCAUCGUCUUCUCAUACGGAAACGUGCUCUGCUCCUUGCACACGUUGAACAAGAAGAUUAAGCGCGUGGGCGGCCACCCAGACCCGCGGGAGGAGAUGCGUGCCGCGGUGAUGGUGCUGGCCAUGGUGGGCGCGUUCAUGGCGUGCUGGUUGCCCUACACGGUGCUGGCGCUCUGCGUGGUGCUCUCACCCGGCACGCAGAUUCCACCGCUGGUGGCAACGCUGCCCAUGUACUUCGCCAAAACGAGCCCCAUCUACAACCCCAUCAUCUACUUCUUCCUCAACCGCCAAUUCCGCGCCUGCGCCGUCGAGUUUGUGACGUGCGGCGCCGUGAAGCUCAACGAGCCCAAGGACGAAAGUGCCGCACCGCCGCCGCCUGCCGACACCGCUGAGCCGCCGGGCCCAACGCCCCCGCGGCACAACCAGGUCAGCCCGGCCUGAGGCUGGCGACCCCCGGGCGGCAACGGGUUAGAGAUACAGUAGAGGAGUUAGACCUCCGAAGGAUUUGGACCGCAGGGUCACAAUGCUCUCCGAUAUGACGCCACACGUUCCACUCAUUGAGGACCGAAUAGGCCAGAUUAGUGAACAUCUGUAGAAAACCAGUUACACCCAGUGCAUAAAUACUACACUGGGCGUGGGCGGUGAUCGCUCAGGGUAGAUACUUGAAGGUCGGAUAUAAGACGUUGUACUGUAUAUGAUUUAACCUCCCCUCCAUCAAGUAUGUCGUUACAUUAUACAUCGCUUCUGACCCUGGGGUACAAAUGCCACUAGUCAAAAUACUCUCUCUGUCACCGGCGGCAGUAGCAGCAGCACUUUGACAGCCGUAGUAAGAGUGCAGUAGAGGCUGAGCACCAUGCACACACGCAUGCACAUACAAACACACACACAUACAAACACACACACACAUACAAACACGCACACAGACAGGCGCCUUCAUGU